ACACCAAGGAAGCUGCAGAAAGAAACACAAAACCUACAUAUUAUUUGUAGAAGCGUGCCUGGCCAAACUUGCAGUGAUUUCGUAUGCACAUAUUUAUAUUGAUAUGCAUAUAAAGUAGGUCUCAAUUAAUACCCAUUGAUUCCGUUGCUACUUUGUCAUCAGACCGUUUCAGAACGACCAGAGUUUUCCCAUCCGAGUAAUACCAGUAGUUUGGGUGGUCAUUCCGAAGGUUGCUGAAAUCUGAACAUGCAAAAUGAGAUGACAAUUUAUUGAUGCAUCGAUAAGAAAUAAUACUGUGCAUGCUCAUACGUGCGUGUGUACUGUGUACGCAUACUUACCCACAAUUCCCCUCGUGUUAUCAGGUGGCAGAAAUAUGCUCCUGUUGGCAGCUGAAACCACACAUUGUGAAAUCGACGAGUUUAAUUUAAAAAAUGCUCACUUGGCGAGCUUACACUUUGUCUGCAAAUAAUCCCAUCCUUGAGAAUGCGGUGUGUGUUUGAAGAGACUGUCCUCCGUCUCAUGUGCUCCCCCCAGGGACGCAGCCUCUCCCUCCUCGUCCAACGACAAGUCACGCACAACAAACUUGUUGGAGGAUUUCGUCAUGGGCCUCCCCCUCUCGUGGAUGAGGACGACGGGGACCUGGAACUUGGCCUUCCUCCUUCCCCAGCUCAAGUGUGGGACGUGGAUGUCAGACUCCUUUCUUCGAUCCACAUUCCCCGUCCCCGUGUGACCCCCAAAAACUUGCAGCAUUUUAUUUUCGUCGAGAAGCUGACUCGACUCGGUUGGGGAAUUGCUGCCGGAGCUUCUCCGUGUGUCCGCAGUGCUUCUGGUGGGCACAUUGAGGGAAAAUGCACCUGGAUGAAAUGCUUGGCCUGAAGGAUGGUACAAAAUGUCGGAUGGUUCAUUGAACAGGGCGUCCUUCUUCUCUUGUUCUCGGUCUCGACGCAUGAGCUCCACCACGGUCACCUCUUCAUAGUUGAAGGUGAACUCGUGUGGGGGGUCGUCGUCAGGGAGGGGCGGUUUUCUGCGCAGGGUGGGCGUGAUCCAUCGCCACUUGUCUUUCCGAAGGUUUGCCACGUAGUCGUCUUCCAGCACCACGAUGCAGGUUUUAUCCGCUUCGAUGAAAUGGUAAAAUUCAUCGUUGAUAUUUUGGAGGAGGGAGAUGCGGUUGCUGGGUCGGAGGAGGGUGGACAGCUCCGUCUUCCACAAGCGUUGUUUCAGCGUGAAAAUCGCAAGUUCGAAAAUCUGCUGGUUGAGACUAUCCGCCUUGAAGUGACGGUCCAGGUGGUUUCUCGUCGUGUGCACGAUGGGCGGUUUGGGAGUGGGCAGCCGUUUGGUGACAAAGUGAUCGUCGUGGGGAAGGAUGAUGACGCGGAAGCCGACCAUGAAGGGUUCUUCCUCCUUCCGAGCAAUCCUCACCUACGUCCAAAUAUUUAGUGAGAACUUUACUCUAAUGUCGCAAGAUCACCUUAUAUCUAACUCCACUUGCGCCAAUAGAAAUGGUUGGUCCGUAUAAAUGUCCGUAGAAAUGUGGCAUAUGAAUCCUCACUAACUCACCGUGAUGAAGUGCUCUUGAGGCGGCCCGUCAAAUCGCUGAAUUAUUUCUCGUUCUUUUCGAAAUCUCCACUCACGCAACUUUUUUAACUCGUCCAACGUGCUUUCGUACGGAAGAUCUAAACAAAUUCAGAGCGUGUAAAAUACGGGUAACCUUUAAGGUACCACAAGAGGUUGAAUAUUUCAAUUUUUUAUGGACUUAGCAACAUGAUUUUUUAGAGAACAUGAGUCAAGACAUGAAGUACAGCUCUGCAUAGAAACAAGGGCAUUGGGGUAUUUUUAAGAGCUCCCCGAGAUGGAGGGGGAGGACUUUGAGGUCAUAAUGGUUGUUAUUUGGAGUCACUAUAUAUUUCUGCAGGGUGUAUAAUCGGUUUGUGGGCUCAUUUGUGUCGGGUAAUGAGAUGUGAACCAUUUUUGUCCUCAGAAACAUAAAAUAAUAGGGAGGGGCAAGUGUAGAAAUACUAUUUCGAAAAGUAUGGAGGACAAUAUGGAAAUGAGACCCAUUAUGCUCCCCAUGUAAAACUAUUUCGCACGAUAUGGGAAUCGUCGCACAUUUGUGCUCCGGAUGGUUUUGACGCUAGGACGUUUUAAAAAAAUUUCAUCACUUUAUACUAUUUUGGCUAUAAAUACUUAAGUAUAAGCAACAGCAGAAGGGGGCAUUUACCAAAAUUUAGAGCAGUAUAUUUUGUACAAAAUUUCUAUUUGAACCAAAUUUCUACCUACCAUAAUUUCUGAGAAAAUUACAAUCAAAGUGAGUGGUAUAAUUCCUUGCCAACUCUCUUGUGGUACCUUAAUUUGUAGGCAUUCACUAUCAAGUCGGGGGGUAUUUUAUCUUUCACCUAUUCCACGUCGAAUUCGAGUUGAAAAUUCCAGUCUGACUUCUUGGUCACUUUUCUUUGGCUUUCCCACGACUCUUCGGUACACGGAGGUGUUUCCAGACUCCAUGGUUGACGUGGAGUGGACAAGGUUGUCCAACUCGGAUGUACUCUCCACGGCAGAAAGCUCCGCGUUGUCUGAAGAUUGAGAAUCGUCCUCAUCUUCUGACGACAAGGAUUCGCUCUGCGAUGAGGUCCCAGAGUAGAGACUCGUGUUGUCAAUUAAGUAGUCGAGGAGGAAGACUUGCUGGUCGACUUGUUCCUUCCCAAGCAUUCGCUCCUGUGUCCCAUUCCCCAAGUCCAACACGCUGCUCUGGUGAAUGAGUCGUCGCAGGAAGGACAGCUCGCUACUCGCCGUCUGCAGCUCCUUGUGUCGAAGCACAACCCUUGUGGCAUUGACGAUGGACUUGAGUGGUAAAUUGGCCAACUGACAAUGAGUACAUGGUGUGCAUGUAAUUGCUUAUUUUACUUUGUAGGCAGAGAUGCGUGUAAAGUAUGUGGAAAUAAAAAUAUAGCGCCGGCUCACAAUUUUAUCAAGCAGGGUGAUCCAUUUGACUCGAACCUUGAGAGAUCUGUGUAUACAACCACGACGGAAUGAAAUGUUGUUAGUUUAUCCUGGUCUUUUAUAUUGUUCAGUUGUUGUUUGCGGUUAAUCUAUGGGUUUCAUUCAGUUACAUGGAGAUGAAAAUGGGGCCAGCUAUUAGGUUAAGUUAGGUUAAUAGCUGGCCUAAUAACAUUAUUGGUGAAAGGCCCAAUACUAAUUUAAGCCGUAGCGAUCACUACCUAAAAUCACUAAAAACAACAUUUGGUGCGGCCAUAGAAGUAAUAGAAUAUUAUUUAUCGGUAUAUUAUUCCAGUGGAAUCUGUGCCUUGCAGCAGAAGCUGGAAAGCCAAGCGUUUCCGUGACCUUGCGGCACCCAUACCUUGCUGAAAUUUUCGAAUCUACGCAAGUGUCGCACCAAAUGUUGUUUCUCAAGCAAGAGUUGAUCUUUCAAAGGAAGGUGGUCAAAAAAAUAAUAUGGGCUGAACAUGUUCGCGUCCCCAUUGUUCGUUCGUAGCAACCAGGAGUACUUAAUAGACAUCUCAGCGUAUCGUAAAUAGAAUGUCGCAAGUGUGUGCUGUAUACCUGUACCACGUGCGCAACUUGUCCCGCAAUUCGACGUGAGCCCAGUAUGCCUCCUUCAGGUCCCGUUGAACCAACCGGUGCUCCAGCUCUCCAUGUUGAUAGAUGCUGAAAAUGGAUCUGUGGGAACAUGACCUCUUUUUAUGGAGACAACGACAAGUCACGCUGGCCAUUACUUUGUGUUCUUCUUACAAGUGUGGGGCAGCUGCGGUGUGCACUGCCGAAACUGCCGCACGACGUCCAAGCCAUCGUGCCUGCGUGUUCCAAAACAAUUUGACGCCUUUGCGCUUUUCCGCAAUUUUGCUAGUUUCAUUGAUGGGCACAACUUUCUGCAAGAGGUUUGUGCGCACACAAUCGUGUUGUAAAAUUGUCAGAUCCUUAUCAGAACUGAUAUUUCGAAGGACUCGAAGUUGAUUACGUUUUUGCUGCUGUGGAAUCCCCAAUAUCCAAAUACGACAAGAAUGAGGAUGGGAAUGGCAUUCAGGACAAAUCCAAUCCAAAAUGUUGAGGGGCUAAGGGCUUGUACGCCGUGGACGGAACGUUUAUACCGCGGUGGAUUGAAGAACCAGGAUACGGCGAUUACGAAGUAUGCAAUCUGAAAUAAUGGUCAGACUUAAAACCACCAAUUAUUAUUGGGAGUGACUCCGUACGUAUAGCACUCACCCCAAUGGCAUAAGGUGCAUAGUAGCGCAUCUGAACUUGAAAGGUGAACGACAUCGGAGUGUCCAGCAUGAUCUCAAUGUCCGUCAUAAACUCGCGAAACCCGCAGAGGACGAAGGCGAUCCCCAUUUCCACCGCGAGGAUGACGCAGGCAGCCCCACUGCCUCCAAACAAGUCGUACGAGUCAUUCUCGGCGAAAUCUGCCUAUGACACAUGCACACACAACGAAUAAAUGUGGACUCUACUUGAGCCGAGAUUUGCAGAAAGUGCAAAAAAAUUGGCCAACUGGAUACUACAUAAAUAUGGGCACGUACGUGAAUAAUGUACACGGAAACCACGACAAGUUGCAGACUGAUUCCAACGGCCACACUUGUUAGUUUGAGAAGCUUUGGAUUUUUAAUUGGGAUCCAAUGUCUCAGAUACGACACUCCCAUUUGUGCUGACACGAUCUGUACAUUUGAGCAGUCAAAGAGAAAGUCCACGCAAAAACCAAAUGUACAUGCGCUGGCUCACCAGUGGCCAAACGUUGAUGAGUGUUAUCCAAGCGAACGUUGACGCAAGUAUCCAAGCCGGUCCGAUUUUCAACAGAGCCCCAGACAGACAAACAAACGAUACGCCAAAACCUGCAUAAUUUAGGAUUAGGAUUGAGUACUGCACGAUUUUCAUAUUCAAUCCCACUAGCAGAUCACCUCCUGCAAUUAUGUGAAUGUAUUCUUGUGUGUUCAUGAUCCUGCCCAAGAUUCCCAACUCUGUGAACACAACCAGAGCGCUGAGGAGGCAGAAAGCCAUGACAGCGAUGGACAUCAACCAGGACAACCUCUUCAACUUGUGAUACUUGAAAUCAUUUCGUCCCGAGACUCGAACCAAUCCACCAAAUCCGACCCCAACCGUCGUGAUUGCUGAAAUUCGUUAAGUCUCAUAACGAAUCAUUUCUUGCAGAAAUUUCUUAAAAACUCACCCAUCUCAAAUGCGUCGCACCAAAACUGCAAGUUCAACGUAAUUAGUUCGAUACGAACUUCAUAAAGUAGAUAAGAAUUGGAAUGUAAAUGGAGUCGAAGGUUGGAUUAGAUUACCACCAAUGUUGACAUCCGUUCCCACUUAAACUUAGAAAAAUAGGCCGGGAUUUGUCUCCCUCCACGAAAGAAGUACUGGUGACAGAGGACAAAAGUUAGGAGAAUGGGGAGGAAGCAAGCCAAUUGGAUCCACAGCUAAUUUAGACAUAAAAAAAUUAAUAUGUAAUUUUAAUCAUGCAAAAACGGCAUUAAGAGAAAUCAUGUCAAGUUAAGGAGGUUUACCCGUGAGACUGCGGAGGCGAGAUAUGUUUGAAUUGAGGAUGGGACGAUGCAGACGAGAAUGACAAAGAAGGCGAGGACAAAUCUCCAGUGAAAAGGGUCCUUGAAGGUCUUGGACUUCCAGUUGUAAAUGUAAAACCUGUGGCAAGGAUUUCUUUAAAUUCUGGUCAAUUUGACUGGGCUGGGGUAAGAAGUAUGCGCUUGAAUGAAGAGCUCUUGCCUGAAGAACAUCUCGGUGGACAAGUAGACGUUGGCAUUGUAGAGCGUUUCCCUGUCCGUGGUGAAGUGCUGCUCCAACCAAGCGCUGCGUUUGGUCAGAACCACCUUGGAGCUCCAGCUCUCCACGACGGAGUAAGGGACACAUCGGCUGAGGUUCCCCCACACGGCGUCGCACUCCCCAGGGCUCGACAGCAAGGCACCCACUGCGUACAAGCCCGUGUAGCCAGCCAUCGUGCUUUGCAGCGUAAUGAACGUCAUGUUCACAAAGAGAAUGGCGUACGAAAAUCCUACGAUCGAGUUAUCCGUUUAUUAAAAGUAUAAGGAGGCUCUACGACAAAUCUGCCAGCCUCUAAGGAACUUCAAACUAGGUGUAUUUCGUACCUCUGGCACACUUGUGGAGGUGCGAGAAUCCCCACUCCCCCUUGAAACUGAACUGCCCAAUGAGCAUUUCGAACAGCACGAGGGGCUGGAUCAAGGUCACAAUCAGGAGACAGUAGACGAAGAAGAAGACGACUGAAAACAAUACCAGCAAAUUGGGCACAAGCUAUUUUCUCGAAUAACAUCCUGAGUAUUAUUACUGCCUCCAUUUAUGUAGCACGCUUGUGGGAACCGGAUCAGGUUUGCUGCACUAAAAACCGUCGCCAGAAUCGUCAAUUGAGUUUCAUUCUUGUUUGACGCCCAAGUUUGGUCCGAGUGAUGUUUCGAGUCAUCAGCGUAUUCAUCAAUUUGCUUCAAAAAAUAUUCGACAUCAGACAUGUACAUUUAGAUUAUUAUACGUGAGUGCAUGUUAUGAAGAAUAGUAUUCUGAAGCCCGCUAGAUCACAACCUCUGCGUCAAAAUCGUAACGGUCAUCUUUCCGGAGACCGAACAUAAAUUGUCGUCGUCGUGCCUGCUUCUUCCUCUCGUUGUCGUAGUCCGAGGCGUAGAGAGGAAUUCCCACGUCUCGCACCAAGGCCCGGUUCGAAAAGGCCUUGUCUAAUUGAGAGAGUGAGAGAAAUUACUGGUAAACAUGGCCUUGUUUCCUUUCCACCCAACUCACUGACAGCACGUCGAGUGACUGGUACAUAUGUAAAUAAGAUCUCACACUCAAUGCUGUACGAGGCCCCUUCUGCCAGAGCCAUGGCUUCAAUUUUUUUCCUGAGGGCGACGUAGGGGUGGUCCUGCUCCAUCCGGUUCGACCUCCGUGCCACGAGCAGGUCCUCCAUCUUCCUAGCGUACUCCUCCCUCUUCAGACGAAGUUCUCUCAUCAGGUCGGACGCCCCGAUGGCGGACCUCACCUUGGCCAUCAUGCCCUGCACCUUGUACCGCGACGCUAGCUCCCCGACGUCAUCCAGCCUCUCGCGAAGUAGAGCGACGGAGCUGUAGGAUUCGAUCGACGUCAGCGAGUCCAGCGACUCCCUUUUCACCCCCUCUUCUCGGCGAACCACCUUCUUCUUCAUCUUCUUGACAAAGGUUCCGAGUUGCUUCAAAAUGUUGCGUCGUCCUUUCUUCGCUGGUUGAUUUGUCGUUUGGUGGUGUUCUCCGGAGAGGGCACGACGUCGGUGGGGCAGACUUGGUCGUUGUUGGGGCCGAUCGACCCCACUCCGACCUCGCCGUUUCUCAUUGUUGGGCCGAGGGGAGGGAAAGCUAGAGUUUGAUGGCGAAUUGGACGAGGGAGGGGUGGGCGGGUUGGAACUUUCGGAACUUCUGGAAGAUCUGCUCCUCGGACUACUCCUGCCGGGAUCGUCGCCAUCAGACAAGCUGCCCUCAUCCUUUGGCGCUCCUCGUUUCAUCUUCUUUUCUAUUUUGCACGAUAACUAGUCAGGAAACGUGGGUCUGAUUAACUGGGGAUUGAAAUUUGAACCAAGAGCGCAUUAAUUUAAUUUUUAUAAGAAUAAGUUAAUUAAGCCCCUGUUGCUUAGAGAGAGGUGAGAAUUUGAAACUGUGAAAUUCAUGCCAAUAGCGGAGGAUUAUUUGGCACGUUAUCAUUUUGUGGGACAGUGCGCCAUAGGAACGGUGUCAAUUAAUCGUGGCGAAUCGAUGUAUUUCGGGUUCCAACCUUCAGCAGGCUGAGCAGGUCCUGAACGGAAGGUAGUUAUGAGCAACUCUUGGUUUCCUCUCUCGCCAUCGCGCCACAAAUAUUCUCGUCGUCGUCGUUCACGAUUCGCAACCCGUUUUGUCACUUUUCUGCCGCCUAUUCUCGCCUUCUGGGAAAUGUCAGCAGGUAAACUUGCACUGGUCUCAGGAUUCGGGUCCAAUUUCUCCGUUUCGUCCACAAUGAAGAGCUUCUUCUCGCGGAACAGAACUUCUGAGGGUGGAAGGCGAAACGUUGUGGCUGGUGGGAUGGGGGACGAACAAGCCCAGGGUGCCAAUGACAUUGGACCCACUCAGGAUGACGGUCGCCCACUGGACGGCCGCUCGUGCGAGUUUGAGAAGUCGGACGAGGACACCCACGCUUGUGAGGUCUACAUUGAGGACGAGAAGGUUUUCGACCAGAAUGGCAAUCCAAUCUUCAGUGAGAAUGUGAUGGGACCGUGGCUGAGGGUGCCACAUGAACUUGGGUUCUCCAAAGAUGACACUGCGAAAGUGUACAUUGCGAAAAUCCAGCUGAAGAAUAUUUCACCCCUGAUGAUUAGCUACAAGGUGGUUUCCACCCUUCGAAAUACCUUCCACUUGACUCCGAGCCAAGGAAUGCUGCCUCCCAAACAGUCGGGCGAAGUUCUCGUCACCUCCGUGAGGUUGGAGGAUCCCUUCGACAAACUCAUGAGCGCCUCCUUCAUCGUAUUUGCCACGCCCAUUGUCUUUGACAGCCAGACAUCCGACUUUCGAAUCAAAAUAUUGUGGAAGGCCUACGGAUCGUCCUUGUUUCCCUUGGAGGCUGCCGAGAGUCACCUCAUCCACCGCAUAGUUCCCGAGCACGACGCCUACGUGGACGGAUUCUCCAUCAUGGAGAAAGCAUUCAUUGGAAACUAUGUCAUGCCGCAGCAGCAGAUUAAAGGCUUUCUGGCCAAAGGUGGCAACGUCGGAUUUUCCAACAGGAAUUUCAUCAGGAGUUGGUUGCCCAAAGACGUGGGUCCAGGUCAUGCGAGUUUUGUGAAGGAUCGCCUUCGACACAUGGCUGCGUCCGUGAUGGAAAUGCAGUCAGAUCUGAGCGGUGCUGUGGCGUACACGAGAUUCUCGCUCGUCGCCACUCUUGGAAUUGGUCUUUGGCUCUUCGUUCUCAGGUACACGAGCUGGAUUAAAGAUUUCGGUGCCAACGGGGCGCAGCUGGUAAUGGACGAGCUCAAAAAACCGGACUCGGGGUUCUGGGGUUUGCUCUGAUAAGUUCUCUAAAAUGUUCACUCAAUAAUCUAAAUUUUGAUAAUGGCUAUUUAUUAUGCAUGAGAGAUAAAUGAUCUGUGUACGCAAAUUAUGAGUGGAAAUAAAAUGAAGCACAAUGUACUCAUCUA